AUGCCGCUGAGCCGGGUCACCUCCACCCCCUUCUCCGUCAAUGACAUCUUGCGGCUGGAGCGCCAGCAGGGCGACCUGGAAGUUUCCCCAUCAUGGGGAUUGCGGGGGAGCCCAGAAAACCCUCGGAACCUGGAAGUGGGCCCGCAACCGCGCGAGCAGGAGGUUCACAGCGCCUGUGGUAUGGGCAGCAGAGAGGGAGAGCAAUCGGAUGCUCGUGGGGGUCCCUACGGGACAGUGAUGGAAAUGCUUACGGAUCCGAUGGGCGAGUCACAGCCCGACCCGGCCGUGUUCUUACACCUUGGCAGCGGUAACAGCCCAGAACUGGAGUUCAGCGUUGGCCACAGCGGCGACCGCGUGCGCUUUGGUGGCCCCGAGCGGCCCAAGACGCGACAGCGGCGGAAGCCACGCGUGCUCUUCUCGCAGGCUCAGGUGCUGGCCCUGGAGCGGCGCUUCAAGCAGCAGCGGUACCUGUCGGCGCCCGAGCGCGAGGGCCUGGCCAGCGCUCUGCAGCUCACGUCCACGCAGGUCAAGAUCUGGUUCCAGAACAGGCGCUACAAGUGCAAGCGGCAGCGCCAGGACAAGUCGCUAGAACUUGCCGGCCAGCCCCUGGCGCCGCGCCGGGUGGCAGUGCCCGUGCUGGUGCGUGACGGCAGGCCCUGCUUGGGCCCGGGGGCUCCUGCCUUCCCCAGCGCCUACGCGGCGGCUGCGGCGCCCUAUUCCUGCUACGGCGGUUAUGUGAGCUCCCCCUACGGAGCAGGAUACAGCGCUGGCUACGCAGGACCCUGCCCCACAACGCCCACCCCGCCGGCCAGCUCCGACUUGGGGCACAACGGCGCGGGCGCCACCCCGCAGGUCCAUCUUGCCGCCACCCUGCGGGACGUCCGAGCCUGGUGA